AUGACGGUCGAAGAACAGGCUCCCAAGAUGGCGGCAACGGUCGACACCAAGAUCCCUCACCUGGCAGUGACUAAUGGGGUUAGUCAGCUCGUGGUUAAGGGCAAGCCAAUGCUGAUGCUCGCCGGCGAGCUCCAGAACUCGUCCCUUACGUCGGGGGAGUAUAUGGACACAGUUUGGGCGAAGCUAAGAGACACCCACAUCAACACGAUACUUGGUUGUGUGACGUGGGAGAUGAUCGAGCCCGAGGAGGACAGGUUCGAUUUUGAAGAGUUGGACAAGGUGAUCCUCGGAGCGAGGAAACACGGCAUUCACCUGGUGCUGCUUUGGUUUGGGUCUUUCAAGAACGGUAUUUCUACAUACGCACCGGCCUGGGUUAAGACCAACCCCAAAAGAUUCCCGCGCGCCAAGCUACGAAAAGCCGGCGGUGUUCUGGAAACAGCCGACGUCGUCUCCAUCUUCCGGCCCGAGGCCAGGGAGGCAGACAAGAAGGCAUUUGGAAAGCUCAUGUCCCAUAUUAAAGAGUUUGAUGAGGAGCAUUCUACAGUCGUUAUGAUGCAGGUGGAAAACGAGACGGGCCUUCUUGGCGAUUCCCGAGACGGCAGCGUCCAUGCCGAAAAGGCGUUCAAAGAGCCCGUCCCAGCCGAUCUGAUCGACUUUCUCAAGUCGGACUGGGCCAACCUCCGAGGAGAUCUCAAGUCGAGCCUCGAAUUCUUCAAGCAGCUGUCGGAGAAGGACACGCCGAGCGGGAGCUGGGAGGAGGUGUUUGGCAAAAGCCCGCAGACGGACGAGCUUUUCAUGGCGUACAACUACGCGCGCUACCUCAGCGACGUUGCCUCGGCUGGCAAAGCCGCGUACCCGAUCCCGAUGUACUGCAACGUUUGGCAAAACUACAACGGCGACAACGCCGACAACAGCUGGCCCAUCGUGGUCGGCGGCGGCGACGAGCCGGGCGUGUACCCGUCGGGGGGCGGCACCAGCAACGUGCUGGACGUGUGGCAGCGCUUCGCGACCAGCCUCGACUUCGUCGCGCCCGACGUCUACCUCAACGACUACGAGAGCUCGUGCGCCGCGUACAAGCACCGCGGGCAGGCGCUCUUCAUCCCCGAGCAGCGCAGGGACGAGUACGGCGCCCGCCGCAUCUGGGUCGCCUACGGCAGCUACGGCUGCAUGGGCACCGCGCCCUUUGGCAUCGACACGCUCGAGCCGGCCACGAACCCCUUCACGCGCCACUACGGGCUCCUGGACUCGGUGGCGCCCAUCGUGCUCGAGGCCCAGCGCAACCCGGGCUCGUCGGUCGGCUUCUACUUUGACGAGCUCCCCGACUCCGCAGCCGACGCGCCGAUCCCGGGUGAGGAGAUAGUCAGGCACUGGGGCGGCUACGAGGUCACCAUAGAGCGGUGCUUCGUCUUUGGCCGCCCGGGACCCGGCGCCGGUAUGGUAAUCCACCAGGGCGGCGGCAGGUUCCUGCUGAUCGGGUGGGGGUUCCAGGUCAGGGCCAAGGCCAUCGCGAGGGCGCCGGCGGGCCCCGCGACCUUCACGGGGAUCCUGUCCUUCAAGGAGAAGAAGGUGGUGGACGCGGCGACUGGCAGGCUGGAGACGUUGCGGGUGCUGAACGGGGACGAGACGAGGAGCGGAACGUUCGCCAUGAUGCCAAACGAGGACCCCGACUACGGCGGCUUCCCAAUCUGCGUGACCAUCCCUGCGAGGACUAUGGUUGCCGAGCUGGAGUUCUACUGGAUCGAAGAGGAUGAAUAG